GCCGCGGCAGCCCCCGCUGCGUAAGCAAAUGGUUUCCGAUGCUUUCUGGGAAUCGUAGUCUUAAGGGAGGCACUUCUCCCCCGGCUAAAAUGCCGCUGGCUCCGGGAUUGGGCGGUCACGUGUUGCCCGCACGGCUCUGCGGCGGAGGCCCUUGAGUGUAGACAUGGCGGCGGGCGCGAAGAAGCAGGUCCGCUUUGCCCGGCUAGAAGAAGAUGGAGCGCGAGAAGCCGGCGCGGGAGCAGCCCUCGGGGACGCCGCUGCGGAGAAAGCGGCCGCCGGAGAGUCGCCCUUGAAGGAGCCGUCUGGGAGCUCGGCGCGGCUUGCCCUUCAGCCGGUUGUAAAGGUGGCUGAUGGCAGCGGCCGAAGAAGCCGGGCAGGAGGUGGCCUUGGCGCGGGAAGGCAAGCGGUGGCGGUGGCGGCUUCCCGGCGGGCUAUGAAGUGGUGCAUUUCGGCUGCUCUCUGUGCCGCUUUCCUGGGCUUGGGGAUGGCUAUUGCUAUUCUAGGGCCCACAUUUCAAGACCUGGCUGCAAAUGUAAACAAAAAUGUCAGUCAAAUUUCAUAUAUCUUUGUGGGACGUUCACUGGGAUACUUUGGUGGUUCUAUAAUUGGUGGAAUACUUUUUGACUGCAUGAACUCCCAGUUACUGUUGGGCUUAUCUAUGCUGGGUACAACAAUAGGUCUAUAUAGUAUUCCAUGGUGUAAGAAAGCCCUCUUGUUAACAGCCGUGAUGUCUGUCAUUGGUUUUGCAAUGGGAGUCCUGGAUACAGGUGGGAAUGUUCUUGCUUUGGACACGUGGCGAGCAGAAGCUGGUCCACACAUACAGGCCUUGCAUUUCAGUUUUGCCCUUGGUGCUUUUGUGGCUCCCAUCCUGGCGAAAAUGGCACUUGGUGGUUCUACUGUUGGAUUGCAGAUGCAUCUAGGUGGCAGUGCUGAUAAUCAGUCAGCUAUGAAUUCUCGUGGUGCUACAUUGUUGCCGAAGCUUCAUUUAAACUUGAAUUUUGUAUGGUCGUAUGCUGUGAUUGGCACUUAUCUCUUACUUGUCGCAUUGUUUUUCUUUACUUUAUAUUUGAGGAGCAUUCCUGUUCGAGGCAGAACAAAGCCUUCCGUGCAGAAAUACCAAAUUGCGAAAUAUCACCAUGCUCUCAUCAUUCUUCUUUCUGUGUUUUUUUUUUGGUAUGUAGGAGCGGAGGUAACUUAUGGCUCCUACAUUUUUACUUAUGCAAAAACCUAUGCUGUUAUGAAAGAAGCAGAAGCAGCAGGGUUGAACUCUCUAUUUUGGGGAACAUUUGCUGCUUGCAGAGGAUUAGCAAUCUGCUUUGCUACCUGCUCUUAUCCUGGAUCUAUGAUCCUGAUGAGUAUCAUAGGCUCCACUGUGUCAGCCCUGUUCUUGGUCCUCUUCAAUACACAUUCAAUUGCUCUAUGGAUUGGGUCUGCGGUGUAUGGUGCAUCAAUGGCUACUAUCUUUCCUAGUGGUAUUUCCUGGAUGGAGCAGUAUACUACUGUUCAAGGGAAAUCUGCAGCAAUGUUUGUAAUGGGUGCAGCUCUGGGAGAAAUGUGUAUUCCUGCAGUGGUUGGCUUCCUUCAAGGAUAUUUUCCUACUCUCCCAGUGCUCAUGUAUGCUGCAUUGGGAGCGGGUGUCAUGACAGCAGUACUGUUCCCUGUGAUAUAUAAAUUAGCGACAUCGCCUUAUGAUGCUAAGUUGAAGGAUGCUGGAGACAGGGAAGUUCAAGAAGCAUUAUUGUCCAACACUUAUCCUGAAGAUGAUGAUGAGGAUAAUGAAGUCAGAGAAUGGAAUGAAGUAGACUUUGAAGUAAUUGAGAUGAAUGACACACUACAGAACUCUGUCAUAGAGACCUCUAAGACAAUUCGAGGAGAACUGACUGCCACCAUCUCCAGCCAUCCUCCUUCAGGGAAUUUGUCAAUUAGUUCUCCUGUGCUUGCCAUCAGAUCCCAAAGACAAAAGAGUUCAAGUAAAAAUGAUUAAGUUGUCAUAUUUUAGUGCAAAAGGAUUUUAGGAAACCAGGAAUUUCAACUUUAAGAUCAUACGGUAUUUCAAUAGUGGUGAGAAGUUUGCUGAAUUCUAAGUAAGGCCAUUUUACUUUAUAGUAUGAGGAAAAUGGCAGCUACUCAAGAGGAAUGGAGCCCAUUUAUUUCACCAUGAGUGACUAAAAGACGAAGUAGAAUGUUUCCUUCAUUUCUUAUUUUAAUGUUUCUUCAGGAAAGUGAAAACUCUAAUUAGAAUGAAUAAAUGGAACUUAUGUAUUUUUCUCAUACUGUUUGCUCACAAGAUGUUUAUUAUCUGUGUUACUGUACUACAAGAGGCUGAAGAAUAAGAAUCUUCAAUUGAUGUCAUCUCUGGAAACAAGAUAAAUCCAGGGAAUCAAUCCUAGCAGACCUCUGCAUUUCUAACUCACAGUUCCACAUGUUUCAACUGCAUCCUAAAUAUAGGUGUAUUCUACCCUAUUUAACAAAAAGAAUGAUUUUUUAAAAAAUAAUUACAUGACCACAGUCAUGGUUAAAUUAAGAAAGAUGUAUUUUAAAAUUUUGCUCAGAAGCACUUUUUACAAUAGAAAUACUUGCUGAAAGAGAUUUGGGCUUGUACUGAUACAAUAGUUAACUCUGUGGAUUGAAAAAGUUGGGGUUUAAGAAUGCUUAUCAAGUUUAGCAAAGAUGAAGUAUAAUCUCAGGACAUGACUUGAAAGGCAGGAGGAAGGUCACAUGCAAUCCCAAGAGAAAGAGAAUCCCAUGGCCGGUUUUGGGGUUUCUAAAAUGUUGCAGUCCACUGCAAACUUUAAUGGGUAGAGAAGGUGAAUUUGUGCUUCAGGAACUUGAUCAGUUCAAAAUGCAAACUGGAUUGCUUCUCUCACCUGCAUUUUCAGGUAUGGAAUUAUAAAUAAAGUGGUGUGUCUGUUGUCAUCACAGCUGCACUAUUAAGUGACCUUAUAUUUAAAUGGCAUGAUACUAUGGUACUUGAUUUGUUUAUGUAACUUCUUUGGAUGAAUCAGUUUUAAAAUAAAAACUGUUUAAGAAACUAUCCCUCAGAGAUAUUCUGUUAUAAAGUAUAAAUUAGUAAAAAAAACUGAUAGUAUCUUUAAAAAAUUAACUUACAGGAAAUUGUUAAGAUACAUUGGACACAACUUUAAUUGAAAAUUCCAAAUCUGUCAAGAGGUGGUGAUGUGCACUGAAGCCACCUUUUCCAACUUGUGCCUUCUAGAUGUGUUUGACUGUAACAUUCUUAAUUCCUAAUCAGCAAGACCUUCGGUUGUGUUGGACAAAGAUUAUAGGAAUUUAAAACCAUAACAUCUAGAGAUAAUCAGGCUAGGGAGGCUAACUGAAAAAGUGAUUUUCUUCAAAUUAAAUAUUGUCUGCAUGUAAACAAAAACCAGAGUGCUAAUUAUCUCUAAAGGAUGGUACCAGUGCUUUCUAUUCAAAAAAGCCUUACUGUGACUAGCAUUGGAGAAAUAAUGUUGCAGAUUGAAAUUUUAAUAAUUUUUAAAACUCUUGAUCAAAAUACUCACUGGUAAUAUUUGCCAGAAUUAGAUGAUUUUAAGUGCAAAAUGACUCAACAUAUAAUUAAAAUGCAAUAAUAAUAUUUCUAUAGUAAAUGGUGAUUUGAAUUGUGUUGAUGGCUGGGAUCAUUUUAAGGAUUCUUAUUCUUACUUGAUAAUGAACUACAACUAUUACUACAGCUUUUGAACUGGACUGUCUCCAGUUAUAUUAAUUUACAUGUGGAAUGGACACUCCUGAGAGUUUAGAGUCUCCCUUCUCUUUGUACACUAAUACAUAUGACCAAAGUUGUUCUAGAAGCACUUUGGGUGCAGAUCUAAACAUGGGGGAAGGAGACCAAGGGAAUCCAAUGGCAAUGAGUAGUUUUCUUAUGUGUUGUUGGAUGUAACCCUUAGUAUUCACUGGGGGAAUCAUGUCUCCCAACAGUGUAUAUAUAUAUCACAUCUUUUUGGAUGUGUGCAUGUUGGAGUUCACAGUAUAAAAAAUAUGAAUCUGCCCUACACUUUAACUUGUACCUUUUGAUACCUUGUUGUAUUCUGCAGUAUGGUAUUUGCCUUAAGUGUUACAAUUAUUGCUUCGAUAUUGUGUUUUUUUCUUGUGUGUUCCCAAUGUUAAGAUAAUUUUGUAAUAAAAAUGAAAUAGGGAGUUUAUUUACUGGGGGAUUGGAAAAUGUGAUUUUUCUUGCAUAAAAAUAAAAGACCUGUUUAUUAGGGAAUCAA